AUGGCUCGACGUUUUACGUUCGUAUUUCUUCUAAUAGCUUUUGCUUUAGCCGGUGGAAGUUACGCUGCCGAUUCAUCUUCACCUUCUCCACCAACGACAACGUCAAACACCACUGUAAAAUCUCCUCCGGCGACUCCCGCUGAGAAAAACUCAACAGACGCUAAAGAUUACUCCGAUUACGAUGUCCCCUUGGAUCUAGCGCCAGAAGGAGUCGAAGUCGUUGAAGAUUAUGCGCCGAUUGAUGUUAAAGGGGUUGAUUCGCUAGCGGAACCUGAAGAAGAAUUAAGUAAGAUUGAAAAUAAGCCUACGAACGCAGCUUCUUCUUUUUAUUCUUCUUUCUCCCUCGCUUUGAUUGUUGCUUCUAAUUUGUUUUUGUUUUGA